AUGUCGAAGUUCUUCAAACUCGCCGUGACUUCUUCGGAUUCUUCCGAAAGCGAAGAAAGUGAUCAUGAGGUACCAGUGCCGACCACUCAUAAAGGGUGAGUGAUUUCAUUAAUUUUUACAAUUUUAGGUAUUAAAACGAAGCUGCUUUUACGGAUUCUUUUCUUUCAGUCUCCGCGACUUCAGCUAUCCAAGCGACAGUGAGGAUGAAGGGCCGAAAAGAGUUGUCCGAGCCCAGAAGGACAAGUUCUACACCGCUUUGAAGGAUCAGAUUAGACUCGGCAGAAACGCCAGAAAUAUUAAGGAUUUCUCCAAGUUACUGAAUGGUAAGUUUAUAUUAUUGAGGAAUUUGAUUGCUGUUUGUAGGAUUUGAGAGUCUCAUACGUUCUUAUGACAAGGCCAAGCUUAUUAUGGCCAGGGAGAACUUAACCAUCCCUCGUUUUUACAUUCGAUACCUUGUUGAAUUGGAAGAUUUCUUGAAUGAGCAAUGGGAGGACAAGGAUGGCCGUAAGGUAAGGGAUUUAUAUCAGCUUUAUAUUCAAUGUGUAAAUUUUUGAUUAUGAAAAAAGAUAUCUUCAGAAUAUGUCCAAACUUAAUGCCAAAAGUUUCUCCGCUCUUAGACAGAAGAUCCGAAAGUACAACAAGGACUUCGAGACAGAUAUCAAUGCUUACCGUGAGGGUCCCGACCCGGUUGGAUAUUCCUCUGGUGCCGUCUCUGAAGAUGAUGAGAUCAUCGACGAACAACCAGCUGCUGUGGCCGAAAAGGUGGCCAAGAAGAAGGAAGCUGCUGAUUCCGAGGAUGAAUGGUCUGACAGUGAAUCGGAUUCGUCGGAUUCUGAUAUUGACCUCGAGGGAAAACAAAUGGAAGAAUUGAGAAGAUACUUCUUAAAGUAUGUUUAAAAUGAUUUAUUGGUAAUUGUUGUUUAGGAAAGAGAAGACUACCACCAAGAAGGAUAAGUCGGACCGUGCCCAAAAAGAGAAGAAAGAAAGAGUUAAGAAGGAACUUACCGACGAUGAAGACGAUGAAGGAUGGAGUAAGGUCACCCACAAAGACAACGCGUCUAAACCUUUGUUUGAUACCAAAGUCGAGAUUAACACUGAGGUAAGUUUAUGAUAUUCUUAAUCGUUUAUUGCAAACGUUUUAGGUGGUUAUCAACAAACUCACCGAAAUCAUUGCCCAAAGAGGAAGAAAAAAUACCAACAGGAAGGUCUUUGUUCGCCAUCUGCAAGAGUUGUACCAGAUUGCUGAUGAGCACAACCUUGGCCCUGGAGUGUUGGCAAAGAUCUUGGUGUCAGUUGUUUCGUCUCUCUUCGAGAUGAAUUCCAAAAUCACCGAAGCGAUGGAUUUUAAUGCCUGGUGUAAGACACUCGAGACCAUUGAUGGGCUUCUGAGUCUGUUGAUUGAGAAUGACAACGUCUUCAUCUCCAUUAAAACAACUGAAGAAGAGGAAAACUUAUCGGUAAAUAUUUAUAUCCCAGUUUGAGUUCUGUAUUUAGGAUCCUUCCAAGCCAUAUCGAUUCCAUGGAUCAGUAGUCAUGCAGGUUAAGCGUCUUGAUGACGAAUUAACCAGAAUUUUUCAACAAUCGGACUGUCACUCUACCGAAUAUAUUGAAAAGUGAGUGAUAAGGCCGAUUUAUUAUUAUUUCUUCAGACUGAAGGGAGAGAAACUUCUGUGUGAGUUGGUGGAGAAAGCUCAGCGUUAUGUGGACUUACGGAGGGAUAAUGUUGGUUUCGAUCUGAAUGAAGUUGCCACCAUCUACAUGAUCAGAAUUGAGCAUUUGUAUUACAAAUUCACUGAGGAUCCUGAGGCCGAAGCCACGUUAUCUGAACUUUGCAAGAAGAUUUAUGCUCUUAAAGAUGAGAAACUCCAGAGACAGCGAGCUCUUCUGUGUCAGAUCUACCAUCAUGCUCUUCAUGAUCGAUGGAACAAGGCCAAGGAACUGCUUCUGAUGUCUCAUCUCCAAGCUAUUGUUGAUCACACCGAGGCCAGCACUCAGAUUUUGUAUAAUCGAACCAUGUGCCAGAUCGGACUCUGUGCUUUCCGUCAUGGAUUUAUUAGAGAGGCUCACCAAGCAUUGUCUGAAAUUCACAACACUCAGCGUCCGAAGGAACUUCUGGCUCAAGGUGUUGCCCCCAGGCAAUUGGAGAGAACUGCCGAGCAAGAAUCUAGAGAAAGAAGUCUCCAGGUACCCUACCACAUGCACAUUAAUCUGGAAGUCAUGGAAUGUGUUUAUUUGAUCUGCUCGAUGCUGUUGGAGAUCCCCAGCAUCGCUUCCCAUGAACAUGAUCUGAGACGAAGACUUUUAUCCCGUCUCUUCCAUUACCAAUUGAAAUUUUCUGAACGAUCUGCUUUGGUUGGACCUCCCGAAAACACGCGUGAGCAUGUUGUGGCAGCUUCCAGAGCCAUGUUGAAAGGUGAUUGGAUCAAGUGCAGAGACUUCAUUAUCAAUGAGAAAAUGAAUGCUAAGGUAAGAUGUGGUAAUAAUAUAUAGAACAAAAAUUGGUUUAGGUAUGGAACCUGUUCCGUGACUCCGAGAAGGUUAAGACCUUAGUUAUCGAAAGAAUCCAGGAGGAGUCGCUGAGAACGUACUUGUUGAUGUUCUCCACCGUCUACUCGACAGUUUAUUUCCAAAGCCUCUGUCUUCUCUUCGAAUUGCCCAAGGAAAGAGUCUACUCGAUUGUGAGCAAGAUGAUCAUUCAAGAAGAAUUGAGCGCCACUCUGGAUGAACCCACUGAUUCCAUUAUUAUGCACAGAGUUGAGCCUUCUAGGCUUCAACUUUUGGCGCUCAGUUUGACUGAUAAACUCUCCCAAUUGGCUGAUAAUAAUGAACAGAUCAUCGAACCUAGGGGAGGCCGGUCCGGAUUCUCUGGGGCUGGUGGUUGGGCUCAACGCACUGGAGGAGACAGAACUGGAGAUGACAAGAGAAGAGCAGGGGGAUUAUUCCAAGGGCAGCGAACACAGGAUCAACGUCGUGGUGGUUGGAACCAGAGUCAGCCUGCCAAUCGUCGUCGAGAAGUCCGAGUUCGUUUCUAA